AUGGAAAUUGCAUAUCGAAAUUAUGCAAAUGUUCAAAACCAACCGAGCUUAUUUUUUAAUUACAAUCUUGAAGGAGAGUUUCUAAGACCCUUUGGUGAUGCUUGCAUAAACAUGGUAUUUUUAACAAAUGUCAGUGAUUUUAAUCGAUUCUACGACAUUGCAUACAAUGUUAAAUCGACUGAUGUAAUUUUAAUUAUAUUGUAUAUGCCUGCUUAUACAAACGAUAGGGAAUAUGAUACGUCAAGAGCCGUUCUUAUUUAUCAGAAAUGGAAUAAUUUUGUAAAAGUGAUUCAUUACCAUAGUGAAAAAGAAUUCAGUAUUAUCGAUGUCACAACAGAAUUAUCCGACUUUGAAACAUACGAGAAUAGUUUUCAGGUUUUUAAAACAAUCGACAUUGCAUAUAAAACAUGUAGUCCUUUUAUUUUCGAAGAAAACCAGAAUCAACUAAAUGGCAUUGAAUAUAAAAUUUUGGAGGUGGUAAUGGAUAAACUGAACUUCACCUUUCAACUUGUUAAUUAUUCUAAUACUCCAGUACGACUUAUUUUGGAAGAUUUAAAUGAUAGGAAAGUGAAUAUGGUUGUUGGAUGUUUAUCAAACACGAUAUCACGCAAUCAACUUGUAUCUUUUACUCCAGACUUUUUCUAUGAACAUUAUUCAGUCAUCUACAGUAGCCGUGGUUACAAGCACAAUUCCACAGUCUCCAUUUUACCACUUCGAAGUGUUCUCGAUCAGCCGAUGAAUUUAAAAUCUAAACAUUUGUCUGUUCGACUAAUUAUGGCUAGUUGGCUGCUGACUGCAUUGAUCUUCUCCAAUGCAUACAAGAGCAAACUCUCUUCUUCAAUGAUUGAACCAAACUUGAAGGAACCAGAUUCUAUUGUGGACUUACUCAGAUUUGACUAUUCGUUUUAUUUAAAUAACAUUGACCGAGUUUUCUUGUCGGAGAUAAUGACAAUGAGCUUCAAUGCAACUUUUCAAAAACUUGUCCAACGGCACCAUGACUUUGAUGAGAUCUGUGAAUGUUUUCCAAAUAUUUCCCAUAAUCAUUAUGGCUUAAUUGGGGAGGAGACUGUUUUAAAAUACUCGUUGUAUUUCUCUUGCGUUGGUAACUUAACAAUUGAUGAAAAUGCAGCAAUACGUAAAACAGCAGAGCCGGUUUUCAAAAAUGGACAUGCAUGGGCCUUUAAACGAAAUUCCCCAUUCAUACGACAAAUUGACUACUAUUUGGAACUUCUAAAAAGUUUUGGAAUUAUACAAAAAUGGUAUAGUAGUCCAAAUAAUUUAAAAGAGAUAACAAGGAGUAAUUCACCCAUUGAUCGUCAAACCCAGGAAGAGCCUUUAUCUCGGAGUAUGGUGUUAGCACCAUUUCUUGUUUUAGGUUUUGGGUCAGCUUUAGCGUUCUGCGUUUUUAUAGUAGAAAUUGUGCUUUACUAUAGAAAAAAAACUGGCAACAGGAAAAUAUAA